UACAUGGCCGAGGAACUAUCGCUUGCGACUGCGUAAAGCAGGCAGCGGGAGGCGCGGUGAUGGGAGGGCUUAAGGCCCAGUUAAGGGGAGAGGGAGGGGAACGUCUGUGAGUUGGAAAGAGUCAGCUGAGCAACCAAGUAAGUGUUAGCGGGCGGCGGCAGCGGCGGCUCGGGCAAAUAGUCCCGAUUUAAUACAAGGAACUUUGAGGACGAAAGCCAAUAAACAACGGUAAAUAUACGUUCGCGAAAGAACAAGAAGACUCUACCCUCAGAUUCUUACUUCUCUUCUUACUCCUACCGGACUUGAUAGGUUAUUUGUACGUGGGUUUUUGUGUACGUGUGGAAGGCAGAAGUUUCUUUUUUUGUCUCCCCUCGCCUCCAAGAAAGUUCCGGGUGCUGAUGCAAGAGGAUCUCCUCCUUGCUUGCCCCGGUUCUUUUUCUUCUUGCACGUCGUUCUUAGUCCGCCCUAAACUUGAUCCGAUCUGCACGGUCAGAAGAGAGUGUGGAAGGAGAGGGGGCGGGGGUGCCCAGUUCGCUCGAGUUCUCCGUCGCCCAGGAGGAAAGGGAGGCGACAAGAUAAAAAGAGGGGCCAUUGGAGGAGAGGUCGAAACCUGGCAGGACUCUGUUGAUCAGACUUCGGCACAUGCAGGUCGAGAUCUAGUGGAACCUGGAUACCAAAAACAAUCAAGUCGCAUUUCAUUAAAUAACCAAGGAGAUGAUGAUGUGGAUUUGGAAGCUUUAGUUAACAAUAUGAACUCCUCAUUUGAAAGUCUAUGUUCCACCUUCUGUAUGCAUUCAGAAAGUACACCUCUCCUUCAGAAUGGCAGCCAGCUGUUAGCUUCAGGAACUAGUUCACUGCAUCCAGUGUCUCCACGACAGAAAAUACAGAGGUCUCAACCAGUUCGCAUCACGGCAGUCAGACGUCUGCAGGAGGAAGAACAACAAUUCAGAACAUCCUCUUUGCCUGCCAUUCCAAAUCCUUUCCCUGAACUUUGCAGCCCCACAAAUUCACCUGUGUUGGCACCGGGAUCUCUACCUCAGAGUCAACCUAUGAAUAAGCAAGAUAUAAAAGUUUUUAGUGAAGAUGGGACUUGCAAGGUAGUUGAGAUCUUAGCAGAUACAACAGCCCGGGACCUCUGCCAGUUGCUCGUUUACAAAAGUCAUUGUGUGGAUGACAACAGCUGGGCCUUAGUGGAGCAUCACCCUCUCAUAGGAUUAGAGAGAUGCCUGGAAGAUCAUGAACUGCUUGCUCAAGUUGAGUCUACCAUGGGAAAUGGAAGUAAAUUUUUAUUCAGGAAGAACUAUGCAAAAUAUGAAUUCUUUAAGAAUCCUGUGAAUUUUUUUCCAGAACAGAUGAUUGCUUGGUGUCAACAAUCAAAUGGUUGUAUUCCACAAUCACAACUUUUACAGAAAUUUUUAAAUUCAAAUAGUUGUCCAGAAAUUCAGGGGUUUUUACAUGUGAAAGAAUUGGGAAGAAAAUCAUGGAAGAAGCUGUAUGGUUGUCUGAGGAAAUCUGGACUUUAUUGCUCUACAAAAGGGUCUUCAAAGGAACCAAGACACCUGCAAUUGCUAGCUGAUCUUGAAGACAGCAAUAUCUUUUCAUUAAUAGCAUGCAAAAAAAUGUACAGUGCACCAACUGACUACGGCUUUUGUAUAAAGCCCAACAGAGUAAGGAAUGAAGCUAAAGAAUUAAGAUUUCUGUGUGCUGAGGAUGAACAAAGCAGAACAUGUUGGAUGACUGCCUUUAGACUACUCAAGUAUGGGAUGUUGCUAUACCAAAAUUACAGAAUUCCACAACAGAGGAACAGUCUGCUUCCUCACUUUGCCACUCCUGCGAGAAGUGUUUCUGAAAAUUCAUUAGUAGCAAUGGAUUUUUCUGGACAAAUAGGAAGAGUGAUUGAAAAUCCAGAAGAAGCACAGUGUGCAGCUUUGGAAGAAGGCCAUGCAUGGAGGAAACGUAGCACAAGAAUGAACACUUUGGGGAAUCAAAGUCCACUUCAUCCUUCCUUGCUGAGCACAAUUAUUCAUAGGACACAACACUGGUUUCAUGGCAGGAUCUCAAGAGAAGAAUCACACAGGAUCAUUAAACAACAGGGUCUUGUGGAUGGAUUAUUUCUUCUUCGGGACAGCCAGAGUAAUCCAAAGGCAUUUGUACUUACAUUGUGUCAUCAUCAAAAAAUUAAACAUUUUCAGAUUUUACCGCAUUUUAUUUUUGUUUCAUUUUCAUUUUUCAAGUGUGAAGAUGACGGACAGAUAUUUUUCAGUCUAGAUGAUGGCAGCACCAAAUUCACUGACCUAAUACAACUUGUUGAAUUCUAUCAAUUAAACAAGGGAGUUUUGCCUUGUAAACUCAAACAUCACUGCAUCCGGGUGGCCUUGUGACCUUUGUACCAGUCCAUGCAGAUGACUGGUUUGUUCCAAGACUGGAGAUGGAAGAGAAGUUUUGUUGAAGAAAGUUGACCGUGGGACAUUAAGCCAACUUAUAGUUGCUUUUGAGGAACAAAAUAUAUCAUCAAAAUUAGGGGACUUGGAAAGGGAUGCUUGAGCUGGUGCCAACAGUCCAAGAUUUGACUCUUUUGUCUAAAUCCUAUGCCUGAUUCUGCUGAGUGUCCCAGCAAUUGCCCCCUGCCCAAACUGGGAAAAAUUAUGUAAAAACACUAAACAAAACUGGAAAUUGUCCCUUGGCUUGCCACAUAACAGAGUCAGGUUUGUGAAGCAAAAUUAUUGAAAUGAACUCUUGCCCUGGAUAAAUCUUGACAAUUUCAAACUGAGUAUUUUCUUUUUUUUUUAUUGUUUACUUUCUUUGUAUUCUUCCCUCCCUCCCUUCCUCUCUUUCUCUUUCAAUUUUUUUGCACUCCUUUUGAAAAUUAUAGUCUAUAAUAGAUGAUAGAGUUUUUAAAUUGAUGCCUGAUUUGGGUGUUCUAAAUCAUAUAUUGAGUAAUUUGCUUCAGCCUUAUUAUAAUCUAAAAUCAAAAAAUAGCUUCUCCCCCUUGAAAUUAAAUAAUCCACCAUUUGUGUUGAAGAAACAACAAUUGAGAACAAUUCUGGGAAGGAAAAAUAUCCCACUAGUGUAUGCUUUAUAAUAUAAUGACUGUGUGUCUGAAAGAGGACUCUACUUCCAUGCACAGAUGGUUUGAACUGUUUUGAUUGUCCCUGUCCUUCCCAAUCUGCUGGAGGUCCUCUUUCUGCACAGAUGCUAUGGGGAAGUCCACUGUCAGUAGCCAGUUUAGCAUUGAAUGAUAAUAUAUGUAUUUGGAAUUAUCUGGCUUUUUUUCUUCUUUUUAUGUUUUGAUUGGGAGUGAAUAGAUUGUCAUUUAUGUAGUAUAUUUGGUAUAAAACAAAUCAGUGUUUCCUAUUUUUAGCAUUAUUUCCUUCACUCUUCAGAAUGUAUGAUAUAGCUCCAUUGCACAUAUAACACUGCCUAGUCUUCUAACCAUGGUUAGGAAUUUAAGAGUGCUCUGUAAGUCUGCAUGUUCCUUCCAAUUAUUUUUUCUCUGGAAGUGUAUUUUCUAAUAACCGAAGCACAGUUCUGAUUUUAUGUUUCUUUGCUUAAUGAAAAUACUGUUGUUGGGGUUACACAAAUUAUAAAUAGAAUCAAAAGUGAAAGCAAAGGAGAAGUGUUCGUUUAGCAUUCUCAAUCUUCUAAUUAUAGCUAGAUAUAAUUAUAGAUAUAAUGUAAUUAUAUCACACUAAAAGUAAAAGUGAGAAAUGCAGUCUGAUUACAUGCUGCUGGACUGUGAGCUUGGUCAAAACUGUGGAAAUCAUCCCUCAAGCACUGCUUCACAUUCUCUCCAUCUAUUUCAGUCUAAGCUGUAAAAGAGAGCAAUACAUGUGUAGCAGUAUAAUAACUGGAUAAAUCAUUUUCAUUUGGAAAUUAUAUGCUCAGCUGUCUCUGCCACAGAAAGACAUGCCAUUGACAGUUCAGACAAUUUACUUUUUUGGAAUUUGUGCACUAAAAUUUGCAUGCCAGUAUCUGUAACAACUAGAGAAACCUUACUUCAAUCCUAGUUCAUCAUCCUACUAUGAGUCCUGGUUUAGGCUUCCUAAAACCAUAUACUUAGAAUGUUAAUUUGUACAUAGCUAUGCAGAACAAAUAAUGCUUUAUUUCUCUUGAAAGGCACAGCUUUCUAGCAGUAAAUGUGGCAAAUAAAAUUAUAUGCCACGAAAGUGAGAUAUUUGUCAAUGUAACGGUAUUGACUCAUGUUUUCUAAUUCUGCAUAACUAUGUACAUGGAGAUAUACCAUGUGGAGAAUUUAAUAACAAUGAAAUCACGGCAAUGUUUGUUAAUAUUUCAGCUUUUCAUGUUUACAUAGCAACACUUCUUUCAUUGAUAGCUUGCACUUAAAUAAGGUCAAUGAUUAUGAUUAUCGUCUUUUGGGGAUGAUAGUUAAGUGCAUAUAGGAAGUGCUUUAUGUUUUAUGUAUCAAGAAGUUUGUUCCAGCCUAUGAAUGUUCAGAAUUACUUGCGAGUGAAAUAUCUUCUCUCUUGCUCCAGGAAUCUUGAACCUUUAUAUUGAUAUUAAUUAAUAUUAAUUAUUGCAUGUGACUAAUAGCAAUCUGAACAGUUGAAAUUGAGUACAGUUAUUUAUUCACAAGGUAAUCAUAUACUGUUAAGAGUAUCUUAAAACAAUAUAACCAGCUUGAUUUUCCAUAGCAGAUGAAAAAACACUGUAUUUUAGUUUACAGAACAAAUCUAAUAGGGGUUUUUCCAUGAAAUUUCUAUAUAUACAAUGAAGAAACUUGAUUUUUGUUAGAAAUAUUUUGAUUAUUACAUUUUACAUAUUUUGUAAACAUCUAUAAAGUAAUAUGAAUUGACUUAAUAUUGCAUAUUCGUAAAAUGGAUUUAAACUUUUUUCCCCAAAAUACUGAUUUUCAAAUUUAAGUGAAGUUGUUUGAGUUUAUUAGAAACUAAGUUAUUUUUCAGUAUCUUGGCUCCAAUUGUUCAGUUUCCCAGCAAUAGUUUCAUGUUAUAAAAAUUGCAUUUAAUUGAAUUUGACAAUGUAAGUUGUCAAUUAUAAAUUUGAAUGAAGAGGGCAAACUGUUUUGUACUAUCUUCAGAAUUACUUGAGCACGUAAUUAUUGCAUUUCUUCCCUUUGUUGGAAAUGUACAAUCUAACCUGUCUUAAAAUUACUAACAGAUACAGCUAUCUGACAACUUAGGAAAUAAGGGUUGAAGGAAAUUUGAUUUUUUUAAAAAAAUAUUUAAAUGACAUGAAUGUAAAGAGGGAUGCUCAGGGUUGUUCUGGAGCCUGUUGAUUUUAUUUUAUUUUUGCCUGUGAUAGUUUUGUAAAUAAAAUAUGUCAUAAAGCAUCUUGUAAUAUGUUAAGAAGGAAAAUGCCAAACCAUUUGGUAAUUUUUUUAAAAAAAAUAGAUAAAUUAUAUUAUUUGUGUUUUUUAAAAGUACAGCUUUUUAUUUGUUGAAUUAAUCUUGAAGAAAAAUGUGCCUCUAUUUUUAGAUUGUUUUGUCUUAACUUUUCUGCACUAAGUACCUGACUAUUUUGACCAAUCAAUGCACCUUUCCAGUGGCAAGACUUGCUUAGCAUAAACUAUAUUAUCAUACCACAAGACUUAUUGUGACUGUAAAAUAAAAUAAAAGUUAUCAGGGAAUGCAAAAAUUAUUAACUUAAGGGACACAACCUCUUAUUCAAUAUGCAUUGCUUCAUAUUGUAAAUAGCUUUCCUUUUUUUUUUUUUUGACUAGUGAACUUAAUUGUUAUCUUUCAGGUAUUUUUGUACAAAACGGGACUGGUUAUAUUUCUUACACUUAAAUGUUUAGAAAUAAACAUUCAAACAAUGGUAUUCAUCUUAUACUGUUGGUCAAGUUUCAUUUUAUUUUCUCAAAGGGGCAAAUCUACCCAAUGCAAUACCAGAGUUGUAGGCAAUUGUACUGCCUGUGGACUAUUUUUCCAUUAACUGAAGCAAAUUAGCAAUUUACCUGAACAUUAUAUAUAUGUAUUCAUUUUAUUUUUUUAAUUAGAAGAGUUAAGCUAUUUUCAGAGCAACUGCCAUUAAAAGAUGUAGAAUGUAUAAGAAACCAUCAACUUAAUAUUCUUAUUAUGCAACUUUAAAUGAACAAUGCAUUUUGAUCAAGAUGUAAUAAACAAAUGCUCAUGCAUUUCAUGCAAAUACUUCUUCAUUAUUAAGACCUGCAAAGCCAAAAACAAGUAUUUUAUCAUAUGGGGAGAAAUAAAUAGGGAGUCUUUGGUUCAAGAAGAGAAUCGGUAUUAUACUUUUAGAGUAUUCUUGCUACUAUAUUUGGAUUAUUUGAAAUUUAGAACAGAACAGAAUAACAUAGUUGGAAGAGACCUUGGAGGUCCUAUACCAUUUCAGACAAAUAGCUGUGCAAUCUCUUCUUAAAAGCUUCCAGUGUUGGAGCAUUCACAACUUUUGAAGACAAGUUUGUUCUACUGAUUAAUUGUUCCAACUUUGGGAAAUUUCUCCUUAGUUCUAGGUUGCUUCUUUACUUGAUUAGUUUCCAGUCAUUGUUUCUUGUCCUGUGCUCAGGUGCUUUGGAGAAUAGCUUGACUCCCUCUUCUUUGUGGCAACCCCUGAAAUAUCGAAACACUGCUAUCAUAUCACCACUAGUUCUUCUUUUCAUUCUAGACAUACCCAAUUCCAGCAACCGUUCUUUAUAGAUUUUAGUCUCCAGUCCACUAAUCAUGUUAAGGUAGUUUCAUAUUGAGUGUUUAUAGCAAUUUAGUUCAGAUAUAAUCACUAGGUAUAUAUUUGUAAUCUCAAUUACAGGUAAUUCUUCACUUACAAUCAUUUGUUUAGUGACCAUUCAAAGUUUAAACUGCACUGAAGAAAGUGACUUAUGACCAUUUUUCACAUGACUGUUGCAGCAUCCCUGUAGUCACAUGACCAAAAUUUGGAUAUUUUGCAACUGGCAUGUAUUUAUAACAGUUGCAGUGUUUCAAUGUCAUUUUGUGACCUUCUGACAAAGUCAACGAGGGAGCCAGAUUCACUUAACAACAUGUUAGUAACUUAACAAUUUUUUAGCAGUGUAAAUUUUGGACUUAUGAUCGUAAGUUGAGGAGUACCUAUAUAUAACCUUAAAAGUAUUGCUUUUUAUAUUUGUGAUAAUACAUUGAAUUUUAAUUUUAUUAAUUAUUCCUGUAGUAUGUAGAUUAGAUCAUUGGCACAAAUAAUGGUUUUAAUUUUAACAUUGAAUGUAAUUUUGUUGGUAAGCGACCAAAAAAAUGAUGAUGAUGAUGAUGAUGAUGUUAUAACUACCGAAUCAAGAUCUAUUCUCCAGUGAAGAUGAAAACAAGUGAGUCAAUUAAAGAUGAAAAAAUGUAUUCUUGGCCACCAAUGAUACCUGCAUUGCGGUCCAGGAAAACCCCUAACUCCUUUCUGAAAGAUUAAAGAAUGAAUGUAUUAUUUGUCUCCAUUGGGUUGAAGUUUACCUUGUUAGCAUUCAAUUUUACCCAAUAAGCCUUCACAUUACCAGCCCAAAAUUUAUUCAGUCAUAUUAGGUAAAAGAUGAGGGAACAAUAUGUCCUUUGCAUACUGAUAAAUUGCAGUACAAACUGUCUGAUAAGUUCUCCUAAAUGUCAAGAACAAACUCAUCCCUGGUAUCAUUUUCUGGAAUUGUUAGCACUUUCUUCUGAAAAAUAACAAAAUAGCAACAAUAUUUGGUGUAAUAAAGCUACAUAUUUUAGAAGAAACAAUUUAGAAGCAUACCAUGAUCAAUCAAUAAAAAAACUAGAAAAAAGGAAAUGAAACAUUUAACCUUUUCUAUCUUGGCAGAAUUUACAAGUUGCAAAACAGAAAAGAUUUGAGAACUUGUAGCGAUAGACUUCAGUGUGCCAAUCAUUUUGUCAGUCUUCUCAGAUUUUAGAAGAUGAAAGUCCAAUGUAAUACUGGAUGAUGCCAUAGAGGUAUUUAUCAGGGCUAUGGAAGUCUUUGAAGGGAUGUUUUGCUUCAACAAAGUUUCAUGCAAAGGGCUCCCUCAUAGUUCCUUUGUUAGGCAACAUGGCCAUCUGAAAGGCUGUUAAUACUUUGCAUGGUGGGCAUGCUACUCACCAAAAAUGUUGAUGAAAUCUGUUGAAGGCAUGCUGUUUGCUUUUCUGAUAAGGCUCAUUAAAUGUGACACUCUGCUUUCUCCAGCAUGCCCUCAACAAAAUCUGAAGAGAGUCCUACUGAAUCAGAGUCCUGCAUAAUAUCCUCAUUUGACUUUCAACCAAAACAUAGAAGACCAGGAGAAGGCAAUGUAAAAGGUUUUCUUCAAGUAAGGUGCAGGGCCUAUUUGGUUUUUAUAAAUUGCCAUACAAAUUAUUUCCCAUCUUUCCCUAAUAUUACCAAAUUAUGUGUUCAGGAUAGCACACAUAAGAAUGCUACUCCAAAAACUCAAAAUAGUACUUUUUUCAGUGGGUCUCUCAAAAAUUUUCCCAUUUGUUAAAGAGAACAUCUUGGCUACUGAUGCUUUCCAGUAUCUAUGUAUUAAACAAUGUGUGUUUAUAUGUACAUUGAAGAAAAUUUAGUUACAUGCCAAUGUAAGUGCACUGAGCAACUCUUGAGUUAUGCCCAGGAUCUCUCUAUUUGCAUUGAGGAGCUCAUGUAUGUAUAUUGAUAUGUGUAAUAUGAAUAAAUUUUCUUCAAUAUUCCUAUAA